AUGAAUCCCGUGAAAAACCGUGAAUAUAUGUACCAGCUUAUUAUCAGCCAGUUAUAUUAUGAUAAUCACCAGCAACUGGCAAUCAAUUUGGGAAAGGCCGUUAACGAAUGUCGGCCUUGUCCUCCUUCGGACAAGUUGUAUCGAAUGAUCAGUGCCUUUGAAAAGAUUGAAAAUGCGGAAAAUAAGGACAAGGACCAGAAUCAGUUUCUGAACGAAAGUCCUUCAACCGGAUUGGACAUGGAAUAUGACGCGUAUAUUCUUCCGACGACCCCUGAACCGGCGUUGUACGAAACGAUUUUCAUCACGUCCCACAAAGAAGCGUGCAGAGCUUGUGCGUUUAACGAUGAUGGAAGUCUGGUGGCUAGCGGCUCAGCGGACGCUUCGAUCAAAAUAAUGGACGUGGAACGAAUGAUUGCGCGUGAAAAUCUGCCGCCUGAGAUGGAGCAGUCAAACGAGGUGAAAUGUCUCGCUUUCCACCCUCGGGAACAGAUUUUAGCUUCCGGCUCUCAGGACUCAACGCUUAAGUUUUUUGACUUUACAAAAUCUUCGGUUAAACGUGCUUUUAAGACGGUUUUUGAAGUUGAGCCGGUGCGCUGCUUGUCUUUCCACCCCACCGGUGAUUUCAUUCUCGUUGGCACUAACCACCCUACGCUUCGAAUAUAUGAUGUGGAAACGAUUCAGUCGUUCGUCACCAAGGUUCCCACCGAUCAGCACUGUGGAUCUAUAACAGAUGUUCAUUAUGCGAGCAGUGGCCGAUGUUUCGUUUCGGCAUCGAAGGAUGGCUCAAUCAAGAUCUGGGACGGUGUUUCUUGUCGCUGUAUCAACACCUUCCAGCGUGCGCAUGACGGUGCCCAGAUUUGCUCAGUAGUUUUCACCAGAAACGGCAAGUACAUUCUCAGCAGCGGAAAGGACAACAUAUUAAAACUAUGGGAACUUUCGACCAAUCGUUGUCUCAUCGCAUAUACCGGCGCAGGUGCAACUGGCCAGCAGGAGCACCGCAUUCAGGCUGCAUUUAACCACACGGAAGACUACGGUAAAUGGCUUUCAGAAGUUAUUGGUCGUCAGUGCAUAAACUUUCAAUUUUCAGUGUUGAUCAUAGAAAAGUACACGUCUAAAGUUUUUUGCAUUUCGCUGGUCCGGAAUAAGGGUAUCAAUAACGCUUAG